AUGUCCGAAACACCCGGCAGUAACGACACAAAUCUGGCUAUUUCGCUUAACCAGUCACCAAAAUCUUCGGUGACAGUCCAAAAUAACGUUGCAAUAUAUGAAGGAACAUCUACAUUUGUCAAAGGCUUUAUAACCACUGCAUCUAAACAACUUUUAAAUACGGACCAACUUCUAAUGAAAUCGCAGGUUACUAUGCAAUCAGUUUUAUGUUCGUUAAAAGAUUCAAAAAUGAAUAUAAAGCAGCUGCAUGAAAAAAAACAGUAAUGUCUUCACCACGAACUUUUUACCAACUAUUAACCUGUAAUUUUAUAUAGAAGAAUAAAAC